AUGGAAUCCUCUAAUACCGUUGCCCAAGGCAUUGAAUACUUUUUUGAUAAUUUAGAUUUUGCUACCCUCGAAUCAGAUAAAAAUUUCCAACCUGAAGAAUUUAAUUCAGAGGAGGAUAUUACAGAUGAAGAGUGUGAGAAAAUUAGUCAAGAAGACCAGCCUCACGGCAAUACUGGUCGUUCGCCCAAGAUUACUUUGUCUACUGAAACAGUUGAUAAAGCAAAAUCAUUUAUUAUAGCAGUUCGAAAAUAUACACGAAAAAAUAUGGACGGGAAAAUAAUAGUAACCUACGAGAAGCAUGAUAGUGUUUUCCUUCCCUCUCACUAUUCUUAUAGACGUCUUCUUGUAGCCUAUAAUCUAUUAAAUCCUAACAAUUUGAUUAAAAGUCACCGAACUUUUCAAAAAAUAUGGAAAAGCGAUCUUGAACUUGGCAAGAUCGCAAUUAGAAAACCAUCCAAGGAUAUGUGUGAUGAAUGUACUUUGUUCAAGCGGGCAUUAAAAGAAAAUAAUAAUAAUGUAGAUGAAGAUCUUGAUAUGCAAUUAUUAAUGCAUAUAAAUGAUUAUCGGUCAAUAAGAGAUGCUUAUGAAGAUGACAUAAGAACUGCUAAAAUAUGUGAUCGAUCCUUGUUUCGUGUUUUCUCUUUCGAUUUUGUCCAAGAUGUAGAAUUGCCUCAUGAUCCUCAGCAACCUGAAAAAUGGUACUAUCUAUCAUUGUUAAAAGCACACCAGUUUGGUCUAGUAGAUGAAGGUAUCGAUACUCACUGGCAUGCAAUUUAUACGGAAGGGAAAGCUUCGAAAGGAGCAAAUGAAGUUGCUUCAAUUGUACAUCUUUUUCUUACAUCUGCCGCAGGUGAAGCCAAAAAAAUUCAAUUAUGGGCAGACAAUUGUGGUGGUCUUUCAGAAGAAAAGCAAGUAGAUUUAUGGGAUAAAAUUCGUCCAUAUUGUCCAAUCGCUUUUCAUGACGAGCUUUGUCCCAAACCACAGGACAACGUGUUGGAGAGAGUUAGAAAUUUAAAGGCAGUUCGGGCAAAAGAAAUACAAAGUAGGAGAAUUACCAAACGGAAACAGAUUGAUGAAUACAAUGCAGCAUCAAACAAAUCACGUAAAAAGGACAAAAAAUAA